AUGACUCUGACAAUUGAUAUAGAAAAGACAACAACAGCCAAGUCUCUCAACUACGACUUUGUACCUGGGACCGUCCACCUAGUGGAUGUUAUUGGGAACUUGAGCGUCAAGAAAGAUGAUGGUGGCGAAGAUAUCAUACUUCAGCCCCAACCCACUUCAAACAUCAAUGAUCCCCUUAGAUGGUCCAAGGGGAAGAAGAGGUUUCAAUUUUUUCUAUUAUGGUUAUGGAGUUUUCUUCUAGCAGUUUCUCUUAAUUUCUCUGGUCCCUUGUUUGUUAUUUGGCUGGUGGAAUUGAAAACGACUUUCUUCAAAUUGAAUGUCCACAUGGCCCUUGGUUUCUUAUUCCUUGGUCUUGGGUGUCUCUUCUUACAACCCACUGCUCUCAAGUUGAGUAGAAGAUUUAUUUAUUUGUGCUGCACUAUCAUAGCAAUUGUAGGUAAUGCAGUUGGUUCUCAAGCUACCAGUAUUAACUUCUUGUAUGUGGUGAAAAUUUUAGUUGGUUUGGCAGCUGCUCCAGUUGACUCGUUGGUUGAGAUUUCUUCCACGGAUGUUUUCUUCUUACACGAAAGAUCGAGAGCAUUCAGUUUGAUAUUAUUGGCAUUGUAUGGUGGAAGUAAUUUGGGUCCUGUUGCCUGUGGGUACAUUGUGCAAACUUUGAGCUGGAGAUGGUGUUUCUAUAUCCAAAUCAUAAUUUUAGGAGUUAUGUUUUUCAUUCUUCUCUUUUUGUUGGAAGACACUUCUUUCAGAAGGGACUUCGACGAAGGUGAGUUAGAGAACAAGAUCUUGGAGCAGAUUAAGUCUAAUGAUUCAAUGGCUCAAAGAGAUAAGCCUCAGACUGAAAAGGGCCAUAAAUCAGGUGGAAUCAUAACCAACUUGAAUGAAGUUGUUGAUUCUUCUAGUGAUGAUGUCUCUCUAGACAAUACCAUUCCUCCUAGAACAUACUGGCAAAGAAUGCAACUCAUUCAGACGCAUUAUAACGAUACAAGAUCAUGGAUCACUAUUUUCUAUAGACCUUUCUUGUUAGCCAGCUUUCCAGCUAUUAUCUGGGGUAGUGUUCUCUAUGGUGCACAAAUGAUGUGGUUGUCCUUCUUAGGAGUCACACAAGCACAGAUUUAUUCAGCCCCUCCUUACAACUUCAGUCCAUCUCUGACUGGAUUGACAAGUGUAGGUGCCUUUGUUGGAAAUUUAAUUGGUAUGGUUUACGGUGGCAACUUCGUCGAUUGGAUGACUUUGAAGAUGGCCAAGAGGAACCAUGGUAUCUUGGAGCCGGAAUUCAGAUUGUACGCUAUGAUUCUUCCAACCAUCUGCAAUGCGGCUGGCCUCUUGGCCUACGGGUUAGGUUCAUACUAUGGUGCACACUGGGCUAUUUCAGUUGUCAUCGGGCAAGUCUUUCUUGGAUUUGCCAUGAGUGCAGCCGGAUCCAUCUGUUUGACAUAUGCUGUUGAUUCAUACCAUAAUGUUGCAAGUGAAAGUCUUGUGUUGAUGCUUUUCAUCAGGAACAUGAUUGGUAUGGGAUUCACCUUUGCUAUUCAGCCUUGGUUGGUGAGUAACGGAUUGAAGACUGUGACAUGGUUGAUGUUCAUGCUCUCAAUUGUCAUCAAUGGUUCUUUCAUCUUUAUGAUUAAGUACGGAAAGAGCAUGAGAAGGUGGACAGCCACAAGAUACGAGAAGUAUUCUGAUCUUAACUACGGAGAACUCUUCCCUAGAAAGUAA